GCUGCAGCCAAUGGUAGCACACCAUCACCCAGAGCAUACUUUCAGUUCGGCGACAACGUCACGAGGGUAGCUACUGCUGUACAUCGGCUGCGCGUUAGAAAGGGCCGGCCAGUGCACCGAGCCGAGAGUAACCGGGAACGGCCCGCCAGCAGAGAGAGGUGCAAGGAAGAUCUUCGAUUGGAAAUCUCUCUACAUUCUCGAAGCGCGUCCGUCAAGAACCAACAAGACUUGGACGUACAUCCGUGUGGGUGCGCAGGAUACAAGUAGAAUGCCGAUGCCGCCGCGCCCGGCAGGGAUGAGCAGCUCGUUCACCCAGAAGCUCUUGGUGGUCGUGAUACUGGCGUGCCUCCUCCUGACCCGCACGCGGGAGACCCACAACGGAGGAAACCACCCCCCUCCUCAGGCCGAUGACCACCACCACAGCGAAGAUACCAAUCAUAAUCUUCAGCCUUGGUCCGCCGCCGCCGCUGCCGCUGCUAGUCCCGCUGCUGGUGCCGCUGCUGGGGAGGGUUCCGUCGUCGGGGCCAACAUUGUCUGCCAAGGAGACGGCAGGGGUCAAGACACUUACCGGCUGCUCACAUGGCCGUGGCCGUACGUCGUGGCGUACUUCCUGUGGAGAUGCGCCAAGCUCGCCUACGCCGUGUUCGUCACGGAAGUGCUGGCAAGGUGGGAGGCGAAGGAGAGGGCGCGCGCUCGCCGCGCCCGCCGCCGCCGCCCGCACAGGUGAUGGUAGACUUCGACGUCGAGGGGGGAGGCGGCGAAUGUUUCGGAGCCGGCCCCGGCACCGCGUCCCCCAACGCCUCCGCCGCGGGCGCCGCCGCCGCCGCGGAAGGGUACGGAGAACGUCCGUGGCGCCGCGGGUAGAGAAAGCAACGAGCGCCGAGGAAGCGAGAACUGAGGGCAGGCAGGCAGGCAG